CAGUUCUCCUGCAGUUGAAUGAUUUGUCUCCAUCAGGAUCAAAUUCAGAAUGAAUAUCCACCGUGUUCUGUUCUUCUGCUUCUUCUCAGCACUGUGUGGUGGAAACACUGGGCUCGUCAGCACAAAAGUCUACAUUUAUACAGGAGCUGAGGGAGGAACUGGUGCAAUUAAUUGCAACGUGUCUCUGUCUGGAAGCAGGAAGUUCUUCUGUAAGAACGAAUGUAAAGCAGAAGAUAUUCUGGUUAAAACAGAUGAUGUCAGAGCUCAGAGUGGCAGAUACAGCAUUAAAUACAGAAACGGAUCUUCUGGAAGAGGAAUUGUGUCUGUGACCAUCACAAAUCUGACCAAGUCUGACUCAGGACGGUACAGGUGUGGUCUGGGCGGGACUUCGGAUCCAGAAUCAUUCAGGGACUUUGAGGCCAGAGUUUCAGAUGCACCGCUGGCUGGGAACUCUGGUUUUAUCCGAACAUUUACUGAAAGAGAAAACGUCACACUUGCAUGCGUUGCAGAGACUAAAUAUGGAAGACAGAAGUUCUUCUGUAAGAAUAAAUGUAAAAAAGAAGAGGACAUUAUCAUUGAAACAGAUGGGAACAGAACUCGGAGUGGCAGAUACAGCAUCGAAUAUAAAGAAGGAUCUGGACUGUAUGUGAGCAUCACACGAGUGACAAAGUCGGACACAGGAAUGUACAGGUGUGGUUACGGCAGAGCUUUGUCUCCAGAUUUGCACCGCAGGAUUCGGCUCAUUGUCAUAGAUGCAUCUAAUUUCACAUCGUCACCAGCUUUCCCUGAAACGACCAACCAGCCAACAGCCCUCUCCCAUGUCUCUUAUCCAGGUUACUUCUUGCCUCUGGUUGUGUGCCUGCCCUUGGUUUUUGUGCUGUUGGCUGUUUCUCUGCUGGUCAUCUACAAAUGGAAGACAAGGAGUAACAUUGGUUUGAACACCAGAGGAAAUGCAGGCAGCGUACAGAUGGAGUCUUUCAUCUAUGAGAACUGUCGGACUCCACAUGCGAAGACUCCUUCUACCACAGCCUCGAUCAAGUGAACAGGAUCAAACCUAGAUUUUAAAACAGAAUACAAAUGGUAAUAUUUGGAUUUGAAUCUUGGUUUUAUACUGUGCAGCUUAUAAUGUGGUGCAAGGUUCCAUUUUGUUCCCUUUUUAUUGACAGAUAUUAUCUAUAAAUCAUAUUAUCACCUCUCUGCUAAUGAUGCAGAGCUGAUCAUUUGUCUCAGGGUGUUCAGCAUUUUAUCACUUGAUUAUUCUGAAAUGUCAAAUCUGUCUUCAGAAAUGUAGGUGUUGGUUAUUCUUUCCCAAACUUUGAGAAAAACAUAAAUAAAUCAAUACAGUCCAGCAUUUACCAGUUACUCAAUAAGUCAGACCAAGUGUCAUUUGGCAAUGAAAGCCAAGAGGAGCAAUUCUUUCCAGAUAUCUUAUAGUUUCUAUUUCAUUGUAACAACAUCCCUCUUGAUUGUAUUGGCUGGUUAAUAUCUGCAUGCUUAAAGACACUUAAACAACUUAAUUCAAAUGAUACAUCUGGGAUAGUCUGACACCAGCAAAUGUAUUGUCACAAUUGUUAAGUUGUUUUGUGUAAUAGCCUGAGUUUGAGUAGAGUAUUUUUGAGGAUGCAUUAGCUAAAUGACGCCACAAGAGGGAGUGUCCACUUCUGUUAGAGCUAGUAGGGCUGCAUGAUGCUUCAGCCCCUCAUAUAGAGAACACCAUGCUGAAGGCUCACAAACAUUUCCUGUCUCUGCUUUUCCUGUACAAAACGGGCGAGUAGUGUGUCAGAUAUUUUGCUGAAAUACAUUUAUAAGGACCUAAAAGACUUUAUUAUGUUGUUCUGACAAUAUGUAAUGUUAAUGUGUAAAGUAGUGGUUUAUUCAGUUGAGAGACUUUGAAUUGAAGUGUUGCUCCCCUGUUAAAGGUGUAACCACCAUGGCGGCCUUCCCAUCAAUGUUCAUUUCUUUUAUGGCCAUUGCUCCUGGACAUGUACACCUUUUAUCGGUAUUUGUUAAAGGUAAUGGUUGUAAAGUAUGGUUCUUUCAAGUUUGGUGAAAUCUAAUCCUAGCUAGUCCUUGUAUGCCUCUGUAUUGUUGAUAUUUUGUAUUUAAGAAUGUAGUAAAAGUGUGAAAAAAGUAGGCUUAACAGUAUUAAUGCUACUGGAUGAAUAUGAUUUAGGAGCUGAUCAACAGAAUAGGUGUGAGUCAUAAUACAAGUUAAGACUAGGAUAGUUGAAGUAUUUCUGUUGAACUUAACAAAUUUUUACAUUAAAAUAAUUUGAAAAAUAUGUUAUUUCUACAGUUUUGACAUAUUAACCUCUGUGCUGUAAUGUGAUGCAAAAUGUGUCAUUUGUUAUGAAUUCUUCUCCAUACAAGUCAUCGAAGCGCAGCCAUGAAAGUGUCAGUUAGAGCGAGUCCUAUACUGCGCUGUGAUUGGCCAGCUGCAUAUUCAACCGUAUACUUGAUCUUCUGCAUGUAAAAUUGACUUGUUAUGAACUUUACUAAGAGGAUAAAUAGUAAACUGGAGAGAUUAAA